ACGAGCUGAGUCAGGGGCCGGGGCCGGGCCGGGCUGGGGUCGGGGUCAGGGUUAGAUUUGGGGAGCUUUCCUUGGCUGGUGCUGCGAGAGCCGGAGCUGGGGCCGGGCAGGAGAGAGCCCUAGGGAAACGCUCCGGGGAGGAAGUUCUGAGAUUAUGAGGCUCUGGCCUCCAGCAGCUGCUUGCCUGUGACUUCCUCCACCACAGUGGAACGCCCCAGGCCCACCUCCUGCCGUGUGGUCAUCUACCUGCAGCGGGAGAUGUCCGGAGACACCUGCCUGGCUGGCCUGUGCCCAGCCUCAGGGUCUAAGCCCAAGCCAGGGGGCUUCAAGGGCGGUGGGCUGGGCAACAAAUACAUCCAGCUCAAUGUUGGGGGCUCUCUAUACUACACCACGGUGCGAGUGCUCACCCGGCAUGACACCAUGCUCAAGGCCAUGUUCAGCGGGCGCAUGGAGGUGCUGACUGACAAGGAGGGCUGGAUCCUCAUAGACCGAUGCGGGAAGCACUUUGGCACCAUUCUGAAUUACCUCCGAGAUGACACCGUCACCCUCCCCCCAAAUCGGCAGGAGGUCAGGGAGCUCAUGGCAGAAGCCAAAUAUUACCUCAUCCAGGGCCUGGUGGACAUGUGUCAGGCGGCACUGCAGGAUAAGAAGGACUCCUAUCUGCCUGUAUGCAACAUCCCCAUCAUCACAUCCCCGAAGGAAGAGGAGCGACUCAUUGAAGCCUCCACUAAGCCUGUGGUAAAGCUACUCUACAACCGGAGCAACAACAAGUACUCCUACACCAGCAACUCUGACGACCACUUGCUUAAGAACAUUGAGCUGUUUGACAAACUCUCUCUACGCUUCAAUGGCCGAGUGCUUUUCAUUAAGGAUGUCAUCGGAGAUGAAAUCUGCUGUUGGUCCUUCUAUGGCCAAGGACGGAAGCUGGCCGAGGUGUGCUGCACCUCCAUCGUCUAUGCCACUGAGAAGAAGCAGACGAAGGUGGAGUUCCCAGAGGCCCGCAUCUAUGAGGAGACGCUCAAUGUCCUGCUCUAUGAGACACCCCGAGUCCCUGAUGACUCUUUGCUGGAGGCCACAAGCCGCAGCCGCAGCCAGGCUUGCCCUGUCGGGGAUGAGGAGGCCUUUGAACUCCGGGACAGAGUCCGUCGCAUCCACGUCAAACGCUACAGCACCUACGACGAUCGGCAGCUUAGCCACCAGUCCGCCCAUCGAGACUGACGGCACCUCGGGGGCGUAGCACCCUGACAGCCCAGGUCCCCCCCAAACCAGCCUCACUUGUUGGGUGAGCAUCCACCUCGACCCUCCGGGGUGGGACAGAGCCCUCCAGAGAGGCUGAGGGGUAGGAGGGGGCAGGACCUUCAUCCUGCUUCCUGGCACUUAGCCCUUCGUGCCCCGCCUGCCUGGUCCCCUGCCUCAAUAGCCCUAGGGCAUUGUUCUGUAGGUCACAGCCUUGUGGCCUUGGGGAUCACCCUCCCCAAGCUCUUAAGGAGACCCUGAAGCUCCAGGCCUUGGCUCUUCCUUGUACUCUUUGCCUUGUACCCUUUCAUGGGUCUUCUUGCCCUUUGCAAAAGAUUGAGGGUGGGGCGCUGCUUCAGGGCCUCUUUCUGGGGCCUAGUAGGGGCUGAGAAUUCAGUUCUAGGGGUGGAGAUGCCCUGGGAAGUCCCCUAGGAAAUGUCCAAUCACAGCUGAUGGGCAGGAGCUUUUUGUAUCAGAAGAGAUUUUAAAUUCCAUGACUGAGCAGCCCCUUCAAAGAAGGGAAGGGGGAGAGGAUCCUCCGACUCCCCUUGGAUCUCUUGGGUCAUUGAUGCCAUUUCUUCAGAGUACUUUGUAUUCCGUAAAGAGAGACAUCUGCCAUGAGAGAAACAAGGUUAAUCUCCCCAUGCUUUCUUUUUGAGGCCAGCCAGGUCCCAUUUUGGAUGAAAUGAGCAAGGUGGUUGACCAGCAAGGUCAGACUGCUCAGGACCUGGGAAAUCUGAGAAAAGGCCAAAUUCUCAGGCUGGACCAGAGAAGCUUGGUGCUGCCAGCACCUCACCUCUCCCAGGGACAGAAAUUGCCCUCUGGCUGGUUUCUGGGGUUUUUUGAGUUGCGCUUUCCUCAUAGGGAUGAGCCCUGACCCACACUCUGUGUUCUGUAAGGAACCACAAAGUGGUGGUGCAGGUGGUGCCUCCAGAGUAUCUCAGUGGACAGGCUUCUGAAUUGGGGGCACCGGGGACUUCAGGAAGCAGUGGUCCUGCUUGGCCUUAGUGGAGCAAGGACACAUGAAGGGCCCAGUUCAUCCAUCCCUUCACCCUUGUCUGCUGGGGCAUUUAGCUCAUGGAAUCUUCAUUGCCAGGGCAUGGGAAUUCAGAUGGCUUCUGUUCUGGGCUACAGGCCUCACUCUCCCCAUUUGGCUUAGUUUGACCUUCAGAAGUCGUUUCAGAAUUCUUUGCCAGGACAAUGUGCUGCCUUCCUCCUCCCAGGUCAUGGGGGUUUGAAUCAGUUAAUUUUUCUCAUCAGUCCUUCCUAGCCAUACCCCACUUCUCACGUGGUGGAAGCUCCUAGGAGUGUGGGAAGAGGAAGGUGGCACUUGUUCCUUGAUUUACUUUACUCUCAAAUCUUGACUGCAGUGCCAAGAUCCUCCGAAUGGCACUGCCCAUCAUCAGGGCAAAACAAGCAUGAGCUCACCUCUUUAGCCAGGGAGUUGCUGGUAUUGACCAGCUCUGCCUAGCUCUACACUUGGGAUUUUUUUCAAGUCUGGUCUGAUUUUGCUAGAGGCUAAAAUAGUUCAGUCUUUAAGGUUGUUGAUGUCACUGCUUAAGCAUUCAAAGUGGAAGACCCUGUUUGGGGCCUUUCUUCUGGACUCCACUCCCUGCUGAUUGCCCUGGUGUUUCUAGACACACACACACACACACACACACACACACACACACACACACACACACACACAGGAAGGGAGGCAUAGUUACAGAAGGUCACCCUUUUCUCUAGCCUUUGUCACAUAGAACCAAAGGCAUAUUACUGGGCAUUAUCUUCAGUUGCCCUGGCUGAGACUAUCAAAAAACUUGGUCUGUUGAGAUGGCCACUGCUGCUUUCACCAGAAACACUACAGCUAUAGGCAAAGUAGUUAGAGAAUUUCCUUUAUAAGACACUAACUCCACAUUCAGAGAUAUAUUUUUCAAUUGUUCACCAGAAAAUCCUUAAUUCGUUCUUCUCUCAGCUGUGUGAACUUUGACUUCAGCAGCCAGAGCGACUGUAAAACACAGGUUGGAGACAAUCAGUCACUGCCUGGCUGCAGAACCUUGCUGCCACGGCCCUCCCUGCCCCCCCUCACCCCAAGUGGCUCUGGUGUUUGUGUUUUGUGUAGCACUUUUGGAUGGCUGACCUACCUAUAAGCUGCUGUUUGUGUUUUUAAAUCAGAACUGGAUUACCUUUCCCUGACUUACCCCAAGGGGUUAAGAGAUUUUGGUGUAGCCUGGUGGUGGCUCAGAGGUGGCACUGAUGUUUGCCACCCCAUCCCAAGACCCUGUGCCUGAAACCUCAGACCCCAUUUGGGCAGUUAACUGCAAACCAGCAGACAGCUAACAAACACGUGGUGGUAGGUUCUACUUAACAUAUCGUACAAUCCCGCUGCUUCCAGCUCCAAGGGAAGCCUGUUUAUUUUCCCUUCUCUGCCUCAAAGGUCAGGUAGGCCCUUGGCUCAACGAGGGCCUCACCUUUUCUCACUAACCUUUUAAAUGGCAAUAUUUCUGCUCCCUGAUUAGCACAGGCAAUGGAAGCAAACACUAAUUUUUAAUAAAACCCUCUUACACUGUA